AUGUCACGUUUCUUUGCUAAUUCAUAUGGUUACGACAGUUCGUCCUCAUCGGAGGAGUCGGAUCUUCUUUCUUCGUCGGAAGAAGAGCUUUUGAGCUCUUCUUCGGAGAGUGAGGCUUCUGAAGACUCUUUCUUCGAUGAGGACUCUGAACCGGAAUCAGAAGCAGAUUCGGACGAUUCAGAUGGUAGACCAUAUGGUCCUGAUUGGUUUAAGAAACCUGAGUUUAGAAAGGCAGGCGGUGCGUCCGGGGCAAGCCGGUUUUUGAAAAAUGCAGACUACUCUGAUUCGGACGAGUCUGAAGACGAAAACAGGAAAGUGGUCAAGAGUGCGAAGGAAAAGCUUUUGGAUGAGAUGCAGAACCUUCACAACCGCAUUGAGGCUGGCGAAAUGGUACAGGACUGGGUUAUGAUCUUGAGCGAGUUUGACGCGAUGACCAGAUUACUGACUAGAGCGCAACAACAGAACUACGGUACUCCUAACGUUUUUGUCAGGACGCUAGCACAAGUUGAAGAUGCCGUAGCGGCAACUUCUCAGAGCGAAAUCAAUAAUAAGGCUGCCGCGAGAGCUUACAACACUAUCAAGCAGAGAGUAAAGAAAGUGGCCAGGGACCACGAAACGGUUUUGGAAAGGUACAGAGAAUCGCCCGAAUCAUUUGAACAAGAGGGUUCUGCGGAAUUAGAGGCCAAUGGUGGAGGCACGCUCUUUGCAUUGGCUGGAAAGAAUGGUUCGGACCUCACCUCGGUGGCCACUGGUUCCUCUGAAACCGAUUUUUUCACGGCCCUCCGUAUUGUCAUAGAUUCGAGAGGUAAGAAAAGUACUGACCACCAAGCACAAAUCAAGACCGUUGAAGAAUUGUUAGAAAUUGCCAAAUCGCCUUACGAGACUAUCUUGGCCUAUCUCAACCUGAUCUCAAUCAGAUUCGAUGCAUCUGCUACGUUAUCGUACCAACCAUUAGAUCAGUGGAAAGCUUCUUACAAUGACAUCAUCAAAUUGCUAACGCUACUCGAAGAAAACAUCGACACAUACCACGUUACUGAGUUCGCACCUCGUAACGAGACCAUCGAAGAAGAGCCUCAGCCCAACGAAUCGGGAGUUAAAGAGAUUCUCGGCUCUGUCUUCACAUUUGUCGAGAGACUUGACGAUGAAUUCAACAAAUCCCUUCUAAACACAGACCCUCAUUCUAGUGAUUUCUUGGACCGUUUGAAGAGCGGACAAGCCGUCUACAACGUGAUUCUGAGAUGUCAACUAUACUUGGAAGGUGUCUUACCCGAGGCUGACCGUGAGAAACAUUUGGCUAGAGUCCUAACUCGUAGAUUGGAUCACAUCUACUACAAGUCUACCAAAAUUAUUUCCAUCAUGGAGACAAAAGCUUGGGAAAAUGUGCCCCAGAAUGCCAAGUCCCGUCUUGUGACUCUGGAGGGUGCUGCUGACAAGGAAUACGUUUUCAAACUAGUUGACACUUUGUGCGAAGUCUUGAGCAAGCAGAGAGACUUCACUCAACGCAAGCGUGCCGCCUUGUACCAGGUGUACUUCUAUGCAUUGAACAGUGAGUUUGAGAGGGCGAAAAAUAUGUUGUUGUCAUCGAACAUCCAAUCGUCUAUCAACAAUGCUGAUCCAUCGCUACAAAUUCUAUUCAACAGGGUUGUGGUGCAAUUGGGUUUGGCUGCUUUCAAGCUUUGCUUGAUUGAUGACUGUCACCAGAUUUUGAACGAAGUUUCGACAAGCACGCAUUUGAGAGAUAUUUUGGGCCAGCAAUCUCUACAAAGAGCGGCUAACAACAGCAUUAGCGGCAGCACUUCUUCCACAGAACAACUUUGCUUGCCCUUCCAUCAGCACAUCAACUUAGACUUGAUAGACGUGGUGUUUAUGACUUGCUCUUUGCUCAUCGAGGUCCCUCACAUGGCUGCAUUCUUCUCAGGCAUUAAAGUUAAGCGUAUACCAUACUCUCAGAAAUCUAUCAGACGUGCUUUGGAACACUAUGACAAAUCGAGUUUCCAAGGGCCUCCAGAAACGCUGCGAGACCACGUUUUGUACGCUGCUAAGGCUAUGCAGCGUGGAGACUGGCAAGAAUCCAUCGGCUACUUGAGAGCUAUCCCCACAUGGUCUCUACUACCAAACAGUGCUGCCAUCUUGGAUCAACUUGAGGAGCGUGUUCAGGUUGAGUCUCUCAGAACUUACAUUUUCACAUUCAAGAGAUUUUACUCCAAGCUUUCCGUCAAGAAGCUGUCAGAGUUGUUCGGCUUGAGCAACGAGAAAGUCGUGGAGAUCGUGGAUGCGCUUGUGUCUCAAUUCGACGUACGUGGAUCGCUAGAUGAGGACAAGAAGUUCAUCACUUUCGAGAAGGGAUACGAGAUCACCAAGCUAGAAGAAGUCGCCGUGAAAUUGGCUAAAGAGACCAAAUACGUGAGUGAACGUUUGAAUGAGAAAAAGUACGUUCCUCGUAAUAAGCAGGAGUUGUAA